AUGACUGGUGCAUCACUACCUAAAAAAAAACUCCAAGACAUAUGGAAAAUUACUGAGAAAUUUCCUCUCAUCGAUCUUGGGAAAGAUUAUUACACUGUCAAACUAGCCAGGGAAGAAAAUAUGACAAAAAUACUGCAUAAUGGACCCUGGUUCAUCAAUGAAUUCUUUCUUUCCAUCCAAAAAUGGGUGCCAAAUUUUGUAGCCAAAGAAGCUCACCAAAACUUUACAGCUGUGUGGGUUUGUCUUCCCCAAUUACCCACGGAAUUUUACGAUGGAAUUAUACUAUCAAGAAUUGGCAAUUGCAUCGGAAAAUUGCUCAAAGUAGAUGCAUGCACCUCAGCCACGUUAAGAGGGAGAUAUGCUAGACUGUGUGUGGAGUUGCCUCUUGACCAACCAAUACAAAACUACAUUCUAAUUGGCCAGCAUAAACAACCUAUUCAAUAUGAAGUUGAUGAUAUCCUAUGUAAAACAUGUGGUAAGCUGGGACACAUAAGCCUCUGUUGCACACAAGUCACCUUACCAACUGAAGCAAAGGGAGGCCAAUCAGAUAUUGAGCCACCACUGUGCAAAACCGAGCAAGCAGGGGAACGGAUGACAGUUUCAUUCCCUAGGAAAGGCAAAGCUAAGGUAGCCAAUCAGCAAAUGGAUAAGGCUAGUGCAAACAUAUCCCCAGGUAUAAAUGUUCGAAUGUAUGAUGUUGUGUCAGAUUUUAACAAAUUACUCCAAUCUGAUCUUAAUAAUGAACAAAAUUUUGCUAACAAAAAUCAAGUUGCUAAACAGAAUGAUGAAGGUGAAAGCAGUCAAGCUAAACUAGUGAAACAACACAAGGUUUUGGGAAAAGAGGAAAACAAUAAAAAAAAUCAAAAAACAAAGAUUUUGCAUGAAGAACAAGCUGUCCUCCUUACAAAUGUCACAGACGUGGCACCAAGUCCAGGCAUGAUUAAUGAACAAAAUCUUUUGCUUAAUACAAUGGAAUUGGAUAUCACCCACACAACCACCAAUCCGGUUGUUAAUGGAGGAGGCAUCCAGGCAGGGGACAAUCACAUUGAAGCAUAG